CCACCCCAUAAUUGUUUCACAGCGGACUGGUCAGGCCUUAGGACUAGGCAAGGGGCGUAGCCGCCGCCGAGAGAAAGAUGGCUGCCACCAACUAUGAGCUUUCUUCCAAGCUGGUCCAGUAUCUGGACCUGCACCUUACGCUGCCUAUUAUGGAAUACCUCCAAGAGCGCGGCCUUUACAAUGAGGACGACAUCCUGCGCGCCAAGCUGGCGCUGCUGGACAAGACGAACAUGGUGGAUUUUGCGAUGGAUAUCUACAAGGGCCUAAACGGCGUGGACGAGGUGCCUGCGGAGAUGAAGGACCGCCGCAGCCAGGUGGUGGCGCGUCUUCGCCAGCUGCAGGCGGACGUGGACCCCAUUAUCAAGUGUCUGCAGAACAGGCAUGUGGUGGAGAAGUUCCGUCAGGAUAAGAGCUUCAACCUGCAGUUCCUCCAGGAGGAGUUCCAGAUUGGCGCGGAGCACGUCGAGGCGCUGUAUCAGUACGCGCGCUUCCAGUUCAACUGCGGUAACUACUCGCUGGCGGCGGAGCUGCUGCAGUCUUACCGCACGCUCUGCACCAACAGCGAGCGCAACAUCAGCGCACUGUGGGGCAAGCUCGCUGCGGAGAUCCUCAUGCACGAGGCGGUGAACAUCCAGGAGGCACGGGAGGACGUGUUCAAGCUGAAGGAGGUCAUCGACAACCAGACGUUCGCCCCCCCGCUGGUGCAGCUGCAGCAGCGCACCUGGCUGCUGCACUGGUCCCUGUACGUCUUCUGGAACCAUGAGAACGGCCGCAACGACAUCAUUGACCUGUUCCUCUCCCCAGCCUACAUCUCCGCCAUCCAGAUCAACGCGCCGCACCUGCUGCGCUACGUGGCGGUGGCUGUGGUCAUCAACAAGAAGAAGCAGCGCAGCGUGCUGAAGGAGCUCAUCCGCGCCAUCCAGCAGGAGUCGUACGAGUACUCGGACCCAGUGACCCAGUUCCUGGAGUGCGUGUUCGUGCACUACGACUUCGACGGCGCCCAGCAGAAGCUGAAGGAGUGCGAGGCGGUGCUGGACAACGAUUUCUUCCUGGCGGCCUACAAGGACGAGUUCAUUGAGAACGCGCGCCUGUUCAUCUUCGAGACGUACUGCCGGAUACACCAGUCCAUCUCCAUUGCGCUGCUGGCGGAGCGGCUGGGCAUGGACCAGGAGGCGGCGGAGAAGUGGAUUGCCAACCUCAUCCUCAACGCCAAGCUGAACGCCAAGAUUGACUCCAAGUCGGGGACGGUGGUGAUGGGCACGCAGUCGCAGUCCGUGCACGAGCAGCUGGUGGACAAGGCCAAGAUGCUGUCCGUGCGCACCUACGUGCUGGCCAACACCGUGGUGGGCAGCGUCAAGCCGUAAGGCACCGCGGCGAGCAGCAGCCGGGGGAGGAGGAGCAGCAAGCAGGUGGGAGUUGGAGCCAUGGCGGCGGGCGGGAUGGGGUUGGCGGGGGCGCGGGGAUGCAUGUGGGCCAGGGGGUCGUCUGGGGCUUGGUAUUGGCGGGAAUGGGGUGGAAUAGAAAGGCAAGCUCUGGAGGUGAAGAGUGCUGGAUUCCUAAGGGAUUGGUAGAUGGGGUAGCAAUUGCAUUGGGCAGACGGCUGCUAGGCCCAGUUCCAGCGGUGCUCCGCACGCGGCAUGGCAAGGAAGGGGACCCGCGGCCUGGUAACGGACGUGCAACAAUUCGCCGGUUGAUACGGAAGAAGCCCUGGGAACUGCGAAGAGGUUCGAAAGGUUGACGUGACGAGGAAUCACUUUACCUCAAGCUCUGAUCGCCAUCCAUCAUUCCCUUUUGCCUUGUAGAUUGCGGGCUUGCUUGUGGACGACAGCGGUGUGCAGGGCGCGGUCUGCCGCUUCGGCAGGCGAUUCACGACAGCAGCGAGCUUUGAGUUACGGGAUUCCGUUGCGGGAUGGGCAGCUUUCUACAGCAGCAAGCGUGGGAGCGCUGGCGACGGCUGCUGCACGGAUCAGACCAGGAGCGCUGGGCGGAGGGCGCGGCAGCGGGUGUGGGACAGCGCUGGCGAGCGGCGUUCGAAGGUGCUGAUGAGAUGAGCAGUGACGUAGACGGGCGACAGCGGCUUUGCAAUACAGUGAAGGGCGGUAGGAGCGCGGCGGCUGGAAUUUGCAGCAGCUGCACGAUUAUCCCAUGGGCGGGGCGCAAGGGCAUGCUUGUUCAGCGACGUGAGACGGGGGGGUCGCCCCCUUGGCAGUGUGUUCGCGCGCGCCAGCAGCAGCGCGUGCCGGGGGGCUGUGCAGCCGCGGCUGGCACGGACUCGGCAACGCUUGUUCGGGUGAGCUCAUUGGAUGGGCUGUCUCGUGCUAGGGAGGCGGUGCAUUCGCGUUCCCGUCGGGCUGGUGCGCUGCAGGCAAUGGAUUUCCUGGGGCUAGGGUCGGCAUUGCCCGCUGCUGGUGGCUGCAGAGUGUACCUGGACGGGCACAUGCUUUGGAUAAGCCUGAGCGUGGACCGGCGUGGGGGCAAUCGGCGUUGGCGUAGUGAGGAGCAGAUAGGUUCUCGUGUAUGCAGGCAGUGUGGCAGUGCGGCAGUCCGCACACGGGCUGUGGAUGUAGGUGUGAACGCUGUGCCAACGAGACUGAAACUACGUAGGAUUCGGGCUAGACCUAAGAGGACCAUUCGGGGGAAUAGGGGUCGGGACAGAAUUUCGCAAGCGCAGGCAGGCAUUUUCGCUUUCUUGCAAUUCGGGUGUUAGCGGGUAGACAUGGAUGAGACGAAUGGGGUAUCUAGCGGGUAGAACUGGAUUAUGUGCGUAUGAUGGCAUCACCAUAGAGGCAAGAGUAGCCUCUGCAAAACUGUAGCAGGCUAGAUGCACUAGUGCAGUGGAGUGAGGCAUGUGAUGCAAGGCAGGUGCUGCGCCCGGUUUUGGUUCGUUGCCGCCGGGGCUGGGGCCAGCGCCCGUUUGUGCUGCGACACGUUGUUACAUGAGGA